AUAAUAAUGACACCAGCCCUGAGCCUAACCUUGAGUUACUUUCUGAAACCUGUAAAAAUGAAUAUUUUCCAUCUAAAAUGUCUACAAUAGCCAACUGUAUAAGUUUAGUGCGAAAAGGUAAAGAAGUUGACUCUGACUGAAAUUAUUGUGCAUGGUGGUUAACCUACCCUUUUCACCACUAAAGAAUGUCAUGCACAAGCAAAGCGAAAACAAACAGAGCUAACAUUACAGUGAAUUUUUUUCAACAUUACUAACCACAAUAUAUAUCAUGUCUAGCUACACCACUUGGAACCAUCUUGUGAAUAGAUGGUUCUACUUACAUCAUGUUGAGAAUUUUGUAUAAAUAUUUUCAUUAUCAAUCUACAUAAUUCAUUUUCUUCAAAACUCAAAAUAUAUAUCUUGGUAUUGAAACAUUAAUGAGCCAUAUUUUUGUACAUAACUAUAAUAAUGUGGAAAAAAAGAUUUUUAUUAUUGUUGUUGAUUAAUUAACUAGUAUGCUUUAAUAGGAGUAUCCAUCCAAAUGUUUCUUUAGAAGAAAAAAAUAGACUCGAUUAGUUUUCGUGACGUCUUUGAUGACUCAUGAAUGAUGCCAUUGUCUCAAAUAUUAUCAACAUUGAGAGAAAUGCAAGUCCAAGAUGUGAUUUUAAACUUCGUGACGUUCAGGUGUUUUUUCUUUUAAUAAGAAACUUUUGAAAUAAUAACGUGUGAAAAAAGAGAUUAUAAAUAUUGUUGUUGAUUAAUUAACUAGCAAGCUUUAAUGGGAGUGUCCACCUUUUCUCGAACCUUCCCCUAUCCCUCGCAUGAUUGCAUUCUAUAAAAUACUACACUAUCACUCACUUUCCUCUUCAACCAAUUUGCUUCAACAAACCAUGGCUUCCUUCACCACCAAAUACGCCGAUGAGCUUAUCGCCAACGCUGCCUACAUUGGUACACCUGGAAAGGGUAUCCUCGCUGCUGAUGAAUCAACCGAUACCAUUGGAAAGCGUUUCUCUAGCGUCAACGUCGAGAACGUUGAUUCUAGCAGACGUGCUCUCCGCGAGCUUCUCUUCACCACUCCUGGUGCUCUUCCUUGCAUCAGUGGUGUCAUCCUCGUUGAAGAAACUCUCUACCAGAAAAGCUCUAAUGGGACGCCUUUUGUGGACAUUUUGAAGGAACGUGGAGUCUUGCCUGGUAUUAAGGUUGACAAGGGCCGUGCCGUUGAGCUAGCUGGAACCAACAGUGAGACCAUCACACAGGGUCUUGAUGGUCUUGGCGAACGUUGCAAGAAGUACUACGAGGCGGGUGCUCGUUUUGCUAAGUGGCAUGCACUCCUUAAGGUUGGCCCGAACGAGCCAUCAGAGUUAGCCAUUCACGAGAACGCUUAUGGACUGGCUAGAUACGCGGCGAUUUGUCAAGAGAACGGUCUUGUACCCAUUGUGGAGCCUGAUGUUUCUGUUGAUGGGUCUCAUGAUAUCCACAAGUGUGCAGAGGUGACAGAGCGUUUCCUUGCAGCUUGCUACAAAGCCCUGAGUGAUCACCAUGUGAUGCUUGAAGGAACGCUUCUGAAACCAAACAUGGUGACUCCAGGAUCGGAGAGCGCUAAAGUUGCACCAGAGGUCGUCGCGGAGUACACUGUCCGUGCCCUUCAGAGGACCGUGCCAGCAGCUGUUCCAGCCAUACUGUUCUUGUCGGGAGGGCAGAGCGAGGAAGAGGCGACAAGAAACCUGAAUGCGAUGAACCAGCUGAAGACAAAGAAGCCUUGGUCUCUGUCGUUUUGCUUUGGAAGGGCGUUGCAGCAGAGCGCGCUUAAGACUUGGGGAGGGAAGGAGGAGAAUGUGCAGAGGGCGCAAGAUGCGUUGUUGGUUAGGUGCAAGGCUAACUCUGAGGCUACACUUGGUACUUACAAUGAGCCUUCAGGUUAAGGCCUACAAGUACUAAAGAGUAAGGGU